GCUGUCAUCGUGCAUUUUGCAAUACUGAUUGUCACCACCCGUAACAAAAACAAAAAUCUCGAACACAAGGCAAUUUUUUGUAAAUUGCUGCACAAAAGAAACACCAAACAAGAAGAUUGUUCUCUCGAAAUAUUGAUUAUUAAUCUUUUUUAAAGUAAGCAACCUAAGAGCAGAAUGUCCGUAAGAGACUUUAUCAAGGGUCUGCCCAUUCACGACUCGAGCAAUUUCACCCACUUAAGCAAUGAGCACGGGAUUCGAACCUCGCAGAAACGGGCCUCCGUCUACCUGCCCACCGAGGACGAGCAUUCUGAGCAGCUGAUCGUGAUGGACAAGCGAUGUGUCCUGCUGCGCUACCUCACCCAGCAGUGGGACAAAAAGACGCUUCAGCGGAAGAGGGAGCACGGCGGCGAGUCAGGAAAUGGCAACGGCAACAGCUCCACUCCCAACGGCAACAGCACCAACAGCAAAAAGCGCCCACGCUUAGAUCCCAACGAGCUGAAUUGAACGGCAGGACCUCAAACCAAGCACACGAUGGACAUCCCACACUGCACUCAAGACCCCGAGCAUCGUCAGCACGAGCCACCCUUCAUUUACACUCAUAUAUAUAUUAAAUGAAAUACACUUAGUACAAAGGA